UUUCCUGAUGACAAUACACGCCUCACAAACAAGACAGAACAUUCCCAUUUUAUACGUGGACUGUGUGAUGUAGAAAAAGACAGAAGACCUUCUGUGAACACUGAUGUACUUCACAGUGUCAGUAAUGUCAUGGGAUUUCACAUGUCAGACAAUUAAUCGAUGUAUCCGUCUUGGCAAUUCCAGUGUCAUUUUAUCUUAAAUACAAAAUUGUUCCUGAUUCACAAUAUUUAAAAAAAAAUCAAAUAUGAUGACUUUGAUCAAUGAUAAACAUCAGUAGUAUAUUGCUUAACCCUUAAUAACAAUCAACUUUUUUACUGCUUAACGUUACCCUUACAGUCUUCCUUGGUGCUUUGGCUUUGUAAAACUUUACUGGUGAUUUUGCAUUUUCUAGUCCAUUUACAAUAGAUUUUUUUCCCCUCCAUUUCACUGCGGUAUGAAAACUGACUUUCACAAAUUAGAAAAUUGCUUUAUUAAAUGGCAAGUUACUGCAGUGUUUUGUGCUGAAUUCCAUAAGAGUUACAGUGAUUAAUUGAUAAUAGAUCAGUUCUCAACUAUUAAAUUAAAUGCAAACUAAUUUGAUUAUUAAUUAAUUAUUAAUUAUAAAUUUUCUGAUUCAAGCUUCUUAAAUGUGAAUAUUUUCUGGUUUCUUUCAGAUUCAAUUCAUUUAUUGGUCUCCUUAGUGAAAUUUGUGCAACUAACAAGCAACUGAAUGUUAAUGCCCCCUCCUGCAAAGUAUGGAGGCAGACACACUGUGACUCUCAUACCUGGAGAUGGAAUCGGCCCAGAGCUGCUAAGUCAUGUCAGAGAGGUUUUCAGGUUCAGCUGUGUGCCGGUGGACUUUGAGGUGGUACAUGUCAACUCUGCAAUGGAGACCGAGGAUGAUAUCAACAACGCCAUCACUGCCAUUCGCCGUAACGGAGUUGCCCUUAAAGGUAACAUAGAAACCAAACAUACCAUGGCGCCAUCUGUCAAAUCCAGGAAUAAUCUCCUACGCACAAGCUUAGACCUGUACGCCAAUGUGAUGCACUGCCAGUCGCUCCCUGGAGUCCAGACACGCCACAAGAACAUUGACAUCAUGAUCAUCAGGGAGAACACAGAGGGAGAGUACAGCAGUCUGGAGCACGAGAGUGUAUCAGGGGUAGUGGAGAGUCUUAAGAUCAUUACCAGGAACAAUUCCCUCAGGAUCGCCGAGUAUGCCUUCAAGCUGGCCAGGGAAAAAGGUCGUCGUAGGGUCACCGCCGUACAUAAGGCUAACAUCAUGAAACUCGGCGAUGGCUUGUUCCUGCAGUGUUGCAAAGAAGUGGCCUCUGGUUACCCCGACAUCACAUUUGACAGUAUGAUUGUGGACAACACCACCAUGCAGCUGGUGUCCAAGCCCCAGCAAUUUGAUGUGAUGGUGAUGCCCAAUCUGUACGGGAACGUGGUGAGCAACGUGUGUGCAGGCCUGGUGGGAGGGCCUGGCCUCGUGCCCGGUGCUAACUACGGCCGUGACUAUGCUGUCUUUGAAACGGCCACAAGGAACACAGGGAAGAGUAUUGCGGACAAGAACAUUGCUAACCCCACUGCCAUGCUGCUAGCCAGCUGCAUGAUGCUGGACCACCUCAAGCUUUAUGACUACGCAGCUAUGAUCCGAAGUGCAGUCCUCACCACCAUGAAUGAAACCAGGUUGCAUACAGCUGAUAUCGGGGGUCUGGGCACCACGUCAGAGGUGGUCCAGUCCAUCAUGAGGAUCAUCCAGAGUAAUGGACAGCUCACAUCUCAGUUCUAAACACACAUAUCAAUCACAGGUGUGAGUGUGAAGAGGUUAUCCAUGCAUGUCUGUUUCCAUGGCGUCGGGUCAUAGCACUGACAAGAACGUUUCCUUUUUUUGUUCUUGUUCACACAGUUUACUGAUCACUGUACAAACAACCUUUUAUCCACACACCUGUGAGUUUGGCGUGUAAUAAUGUCCUUGGCAAGACAGAUUUUAAAACGGU